UUUCCAUUUAUAUGACACCUCACCACCAAUGCACCAAAAGAAUUCGAGACGAUUAUAGGUUUUAUUUUCACCUUUUUAUCUCGGUACAAUUCAAUUCCCCUAAAAUUUGUUCAUUCGCAAAAAAGCCGGAAUCCUAGAAGGGGAAAAUGGCUGCCUGCUUACCAUUAUCGUCUUCUCUACCACACGCACUCUCCUCUGAGUUUUGCGGCAAGGGAAAUGUUGAGAAGUCACAUUCUCUCUCAUGGUCUUCUUCCUUCCCGCGGCUAAAAAUCUCCACGCCUUUAGCUCCAUACCAUCGGAAUUUCUCACCCAAACAGAACACAUCGUGAAAGAUUAUUAAUACGUUGUUAUGUUUAUUUGCCCCUUAUUGCACAAUCAAUUACACCCAGAAGAGUGUUGCUGGAAAGCAUUUCAAUGUAGAUUGCAUAAACAUUUGUGGGAACGAUUUCAUUUUCAGUUUCAAUCCAACAUUCAACCUUCUAGGUUACAGUAGUUGGAAGACGUUGUGAAGUGAAGAACAAAUGAAACUGUGGAAAAGCGCGUAUCAGCUUAAAAAGAAGUGCUUUUGGAACACUAGUAAGAGAAAGUCCACUCCUCAGGGUCUGUUUGGACUUCGGAAAAUGCUAGAGAAGAAAACAGAGAGAGAAAUAAGAAGGAAAAAUAACUAGUAGAGCUCAGUUGUAGCAGCUGCCUACACAAGGAGAUCUCGGAGUGAAUCUGCAAAGAAACCUAAUCGAAAAUCAUGGAAACAAAGGACAGAUAUGUAUAUGAGACCAUUUUUGUUGGAUGUUUUCUUUUCUAACCGGUUUAUCCAGGCAAAAGUAAUGCACCGACCAACCAGCAAGGUCAUCUCAGUGGCUACAACAAAUGCCAAGGACCUUAGGAAUACUCUGCCCUCACUUUCUGACGAUAAUGCAGCCAGGGUUAUUGGAAAGUUGAUUGCUGAGCGUUCGAAGGAUGCUGAUGUCUUUGCAAUGUCCUAUGAGCCUAAGAAGAAUGAGAGGAUACAAGGCAGGCUGGGGAUAGUUCUUGAUACAAUUGCAGAAAAUGGUAUUAUCUUUCUUUAGGAUCCAACUUUAAUGGCUUGUUUGGUUACCUCUGAAAGUGUUACCUUUAGGAAUUAAAAAGACCGUGCUACACCACUCAUUCACCUAAACUAACAGUGUUUUGCUUUCCAAACAAAUGACUUCAUUUUACCCAACAGUGAUUCCAUUUCCAGAGGUGUGGAGUGGAGGUUUGGUUUCUUGAACAAGUUUAUUUAUUUUAUCAGAAAGUGGUUUCCCUGGAAACAACCAAACGUGCUCCAGGGUUUGGUUUCUUAGUCUCCAUUUUUAAAAUAAAAAAUGUUUCUUGUUGUUAUGAAACGAAGUGGUGAAAAUGUAGAACUUCUUCACCACUCUGUAAAUGGGUUAUGUUUGUGCAUAUAUGGGAGAUCUAACUUGUAAGAUGUAAACAGUGUUAAGGUUCUUUUUCUUUCUCUGAAUGAUGGUUCUAUGAGAGACUUCAGUACUUGUUAGUUGAAUCUCUGAAAUGUUUGAAAGGUGAAGCAUGGGGUAAACAUUCUAUAAGUCAA